AUGACGACCAAGGAUUGCCUUCCAGGUCUUCCCGAAGGCGUUAUCUCUCGCUCCCUCCUUGUCCGCGACCUCGAUAUCCACAUCCUCGAGGCCGGAAAGAGGGACGCACCUCUAUUGCUGUUGCUCCAUGGCUUCCCCGAGCUUGCGUACUCGUGGCGCAAGGUCCUCGUUCCUCUUGCGAAUCUGGGCUACCACGUCGUUGCCCCUGACCAACGGAGAUACGGCUGCACCAAGCCAUAUGAUGCAUCCGCGCCAGGUGCCACUCGGCUAGUCAGGUUUGAAGACGAUUUCCGCCCGUACGGAAUGAUGAACCUCGCCCGCGACGUCGUCGCGCUCGUCUACACCCUGGGGCACAAGUCCGUCGCGGCACUCAUAGGGCACGACUUCGGGUCUCUCAUCGCCGGAAACUGUGUCAUCGCGCGCCCCGACCUCUUCGAAAGGGUCGUCUUCAUGAGCGCGCCGUACAACGGUCCUUCGCCGACAUCGUCGCCCGCCGGCACAAUCGCGUCCAUCAUGAACCUGCUUAAAGGCGCCCAGCCCCCACGCAAGCACUACAUGACGUAUUUCUCUGGCCCCACUGCAAACGCGGACAUGCUGAGGGCACCGCAGGGUCUGCACGACUUCCUCCGCGCGUACAUCCAUGCAAAGAGCGGCGAUUGGGCGGAAAGCGGCGCGUCCCCACACUACAUCCCCAUGACUUCGGAGGGUCUCGCGACGCUACCCCCGUACUACAUCAUGCCGGCUGACGAGACAAUGGCAGAGGUCGCGCGCGAGUGUGCGCCUUCAGCGGAGGAGGUCAAUACCAAAUCGAGCAAGUGGCUGCCAGAGUCCGAGCUCGGGGUGUAUGUAAGUGAGUAUGCGAGGACGGGCUUCCAGGGCGGGUUGAACUGGUACCGCAGCUUGCUCAGCGAUGAGCUUAACGACGAGUUGAGUUUGUUUGCGGGGCGGCGGAUUGAGGUGCCGGCGAUGUACAUCGCAGGGAUGCAGGACUGGGGGACGUUCCAGAUGCCGGGCGCGCUCGACAAGAUGCAGACACAGACUUGCACGAGGAUGGACGACGGGGAUGUCGUCCGUAUUGAGGGCGCUGGACACUGGGUGCAGCAGGAGAAGCCCGAGAGAGUCGUAGAUGAGAUUGCGCGCUUUCUCAAGAAACAGCGCGAUCAACGUUAA